AUGUCCUCUGUCACCUUCCACAACGACGUCGACGCGGUAGGUCUAUACCGCGAGUUCUCCGAGGAGGACUCCGCGCUCCUUACGAUGCCCCUUUCACCUGACAUGGACGAGGAGAUGGACCCGGACCUGCGAGCGCGGCGCCGCUCGAGCAAGAAGGCCGCGCGGGUCCUGGGCAUCACAGAAGAAGACAUGGAAGACUCACCCAUGCGCUACGCCAUGCGCUCCGACAGUGGCGUACAAGACAACCGCCGCGCGUCGCUCUCCCAACUCAACCUGACCUCGUUGUCGCUGCGCGACUCGCCUAGGGCGUCUGCGCCCGACGUCACGAUGAGCGACGAGGAGCCGCUCUUGGGUGGCUCUACCACGCGCCGGUCUCAGGCUGGCAAAGCCUACAAGCGACUCGGCAAGAAGCUGCUUGGGCCCUUCCAUCUCUCGAGCGUCCCCAAGGGCAAGGGGCGCAAGCGGAAACUCAGCAGCGGGGCCUCGCCCCUCUUUACCUCCACCCUAGCUUCUCCCUUUCGCGACAAGCGCUCUCAGGAAGACAUGGAUUGGGAGGACGAGGGGGCUGCCGGUCCGUCCUGCAGCACGCCCGCGGACUUCGACAUGUCCGCGCCGGACGAGGUCACAGCGCCCCUCUCCCCGAAGACCCCAAAGACGCCCCGACGCGCGCGCCACACCUCCGCGCCCACGACCCCGCGCACCAGCCCGCUCAGCGCGAAGAGCCGGCGGAGCAGCAUGGGCUGGCAGCGCACGACCCCGCGCACGCCGCUCUCCGCGAAGUCGUGGCGCUCGACGUCGGACAGCUCGCCGGGCACGGGCAGCGACCGGAGCCCGGGCGCGUUGCGGCGGCGGGCGAAGCGGCGGCGGGCGCGCGACAUGGCGUCGCAGACGAAGAUCCUGCAAUUGCUUGGGCCGGAGGCGACGGGGGCGGUCGCGAAAGCGACCAAUGUCAAGGAGACGAAGCUGCGUUAUCGAGACUUUGGGCGGCAGCUGCACGAUCGGCUCAGGAGGGAUUUGUGA